AUGACAUGUGAACCAAGACUGGAAGGAGACAGGGCAUGUCGCUGUGUGGAUAAUGAGAGCGACUCAGGAACACUUCAGAGGACAUCAGAAUGGCUUGCAAGGCUAGCCCUCACCCCCAGGGUUUCGGAUUCAGUACAUUUGGGACAGAGCCUGAGAAUUUGCAUUCCUAACAAGUUCCUAGCCAGCGCUGAUCACACUUUGGGAAUCGCUGCCCCAGGAGACUACAGCAAACGAGUGUAUCAAGGCGUGAGAGUGAAGCAUACCGUCAAAGAUCUACUGGCAGAAAAACGAUCCAGGCAGACAAGUAACUCCAGAUUCAACGGCAGCGUCAGCUCCUCUCAGUCUGCAUUUGUCCAGCUGCCAGGCUCGCCGGUCAUGUCCGGUUACUAUGGUGUCCGAAGAUCCUUCCUGUCUGACUCGGACUUCCACAGCAGUAAACAGUUUUCCAAUGACCUCUAUUUCUCCGGCGUGGCGAAGCCCUUUCCCUGCGAGCCCUCGGCUGGGCAGAGCCCCGCGGGCCUCCUGGAGUCCUACCUCCCGGAGCCCUACGGAGACCCCCGGCCCCCCGCGCUGGCCCCCAGCACCGGCUCGCUGCUGGGCGCCUCGCCCCUGCCACCUCUGCUGCCACCGCCCUUCCCCAGCGACCCGGCUCACUACCUGUUUAGGGACUCUUGGGAGCAGCCGGUGCCUGAUGGUCUCAGCCAGCCAGAGCCCACGCCCGCCGACACCCUGCAGACCUUGCCACCCAGCACAAGCUGCCUCUCCCAGCUUGAGCCUGGGGUCACUGCCCAGCACAGGGGCUCCAGCUGGGGUUCCUCCCUUGCUGGGGCCCAGUCCUACUCGCUGCAUGCGCUGGAGGAUCUGCAUCACACACCAGGGUACCCGACCCCGCCUCCGUACCCCUUCACCCCUUUCAUGACGGUGUCAAACGACCUACCACCAAAAGUGGUGCCAAUCUCCCCUGAUGAGGAGGUGGACACCUCUUCCCUUCAUGACCCUUCACCUUGGACGAAAGAUGACGAGAACAUCGCCUGGGGGUCCUAUGAAUGCCGCAGAGCUUAUUGACAGGUGGACCGAGGAAUUCUGUGCUUUCCUUUAAGUUAGGUUCCGUAUUCCACAGAUUGUUUUAGGUGUGUCUGCUCAUUCAGAGCUGGAUUUUCAGAACAAGCCAUAAUGCCACCUUUUCUUAAUGGACAAUGACAUUUAUUUGCAAGCUUCCCCACCAUAACCCCACAGAAAUAAAACCAAAUGUUAAUUAAAUACAUCACGGACCAUGUUCUAGCGAGACAAUCUUACAGUAUGGUCUUUUGGGAACUUUGGUAACCCAGUAUAAUAUGAACCUUCUGUUAUCUUUGAAGUAUCAUUUUGGCACUGAUUUUUUUUUCCUUAAAUGACAUUAAAAAGUUAUACAGA